AAUCAGUCUCCAUUUCUUCACUAUUUCCCGUUCAAAUUACAGCGAACUUUCAUUGUUCAUUCAACAGACUAAAUAUCUCCCAUGCAAAGUAGCAGCGCAGCUGUUGAUCGUUGUUAACUUUCACAUAGAGUCUCAAUCUUAAGAUCAUGCAUAAUUCAUCGAUUCAAAUAAAAUCGAUAGCUUCGUGAUUCAUCCCCUUUUCUUUUUCGUUUCAUCAAAUAACUUUGUACCGAUUGUAAGAAGGAAACAGAUGCCAAUACAUCAAAGCAACUGAUACACUUUAAAAAUCGAUCAGAAGUUUCUUGUAAAGCUUUGACAUCGAAACGUUAUCACUUAGUGAUUAGAAGCUCGGUAUGACUAUUUUACCAGACGACGACGUUUCCAUCGCUUUCACGUCGUUUUUUAUGAAAUUUAUAGGAUUUUGGUUUGUUAACAAUCGAAGUGAACAAGUACUAAGGAACGUCGCGUUACUUUAUAGCAUUUCCGCGAACUUUUACGGAAUAUGGAUUCUGGUUACGGAUUUGUACUACACCCGCGAAAAUUUUGAGGCUUGUCUUUUCGAUACCUGCAACCUCUUAUCACUCACAGUGCCUCUGUUUAAGAUGCUCGUUAUACUUGUACACAGAAAUAAAUUCUUUUAUCUAAUUGCAUACCUGCAAAAAAACUUUCUGCAUGCUGAUUAUGACGAAUACGAAGCAUCGGUGUUGGCCAGUUGCAAACGCCAAUGCACUUUUUUCAUUUGUAUCUUUAUUUUCUUUACCGAAAUCACUGUUAUCUCCUACAUCGGUACACCAAUUAUUGCAAACAUCGGAAAGAACGAAUCUGAGAGAGAACUUCCGUUCGGUAUGUGGAUUGAUUUGCCAGUAACCAUGACACCGUAUUUUGAAAUCUUUUUCAUUAUCGAGGCUUUAUGCGUGUAUCACAUUGGGUUGGCAUAUUUUUGUUUCGACAAUAUAUUAUGCAUCCUGAGCCUACAUCUGGCUGGACAGUUUAAAAUAUUGCAAUAUAGAUUAUCGAGCAAAUAUAUUGUAACCCAUGAAAAUAAUUCGGAGAAUAAUUGCUCGAAAGUUUUAAACGAUUCUUAUGGUACCUUUAAAGGAUGUAUUCGACAGCACCAAACACUCAUCGCGUUUUGCGAUCAGCUUGAGGAAGUAUUCAGUCUGAUUCUACUCGUACAAGUCAUGGCAUUCAGUUUGUUAAUUUGUCUUGAUGGGUAUCAAAUGCUUCUGCUAUUCUACAGGCAGAUCUGCCACUCAGACGACUUAUCUUUUUCUUCCACUUCAUGGCGACUACCUGUCAAUUACUGA